AUGGUGUUAAUAAAUAAUAUUAAAAAUGUAGUAAAAUAUUUUAAAUUUUUUGAUAAUGCAAAGAUAUAUUCAAAAUUAUUAAGUAAUAUUUAUAGUAAUAAGGUAAAAUGUUAUAAUCAACAAAAAAUAUUUUGCAAUACAUUCAUUGGGAAAAUAUUAUCCCCAAUAGAAAUAGAAAAUAAGAAAAAGGAGAAAGAAAUUAAAAAUGAAAUAGAAAAUAAUUAUUUAAUAGAAUUUAUUGAUAAAGAAAAGAAGAUAAUAUAUGACAAUUUUAAUGAUUUAAAUGAAUUAUGUUUAAAAAAGUUUAAAAAAUUAAAAUGUGAUUUAUAUUUAUUAACAUCAUCAAAUAGAGAAUAUGUACCAUAUUAUUUCUAUGACUUUUUUUUAUCAUAUAACAGUUCGCAAAAAGGUGAUAAUUUAAGUAAAAAUGAUAUUUUAAUAAAAUUUAAUAACAUCAUAUUAGAAAAUGAACAGUCAUGUUAUAAUAAUAGUGUAAUAGAUAAAAACCUUUAUAUCGAUGAAAGUAAUUCACCUAAAAUUAUUACAAAUGAAGAAUACAAUAAAAAAAUAGAUAACAAAAAAAUGAAAAAAAAUAAUAUUUUAAUAGAUAAUAAUGAAAUAGAAAAAAACUAUUUUUUAAAUUUAUAUAAUUUAAAUGAUAGAAUAUUAGAAUUUAAAGAUAAUAUAGUAAAAAAGAAAAUGUUUACAUAUUAUGAAUCAUUAUUACAAUAUAAAGAUAUAAGUAAAAUAAAUAUUGAUUCAUAUAUUAAGUUAAGUAUUCAAAAAAAUUUUAAUAUAAAAUAUUUAACUACUGUUCAGUAUUGCUUAUUUCCUUUUUUUUUAAAAAAUUUUGAUUUACUAAUUAAUUCUUCUAAAAGCACUGGAAAAACAUUAGCAUAUUGUAUUGCUCUUAUACAUAAAAUAAUAAUACAAAUAAAUAAUUUAAAGAAAAUGUGUAUGAUAAAAGAAAAUUAUAUUUAUGCCUUAAUAAUAUGUCCUAAUAUAAUUUUAGUUGAACAAACUUAUAAAAUUAUUAAAAAAUUAAUAAUCUAUCAUCCAUACAAACUAAAAUGUCAUUACAUUCAUGGAAGAAAAAAUAUAAAUAUGAAACAAGAAUUAGAUGAAAUGAAAAAGAAGAAACCACAUAUAAUUGUAACAACUCCUGUAUCUUUUAUAAAUCAUAUAAAAUUUUCAAAAGGAUUUUCAAAAAUGUUUUUUUUAUGUGAUACUAUAAUUAUUGAUGAAGCUUAUUUUCUUCUUGAUUCAAAUUAUUUAAAAAAUAUUUUAAUCAUAAAAAAUAUAUUACCUAAAGGACAUCAAACAAUUUUAUUAUCAUCUAUUGUUAACAAUUUUUUAAAACAUUUAGCUUAUAGAUUUUCACGUUUAAAUUAUGUGUAUUUAAAUUUAGUAGAUAAUUCUAUUUAUGAUAGCAAUUUAUUUUAUUCCUCUUCUCAUAUGAACAUAGUAAAUUCUAACUCUGAAGAAAAAUUAUCACAUAUGGAAUAUAUAAAGAGUCAACAUUCUACAUCUUAUGAAUUAUAUAAUAAAUUAAAUUAUAAGUUAUUAUCUAUUUAUAAGAAUAACAUUUUAAAUUGCACUGAUGUAAGAAAAUUAUGGCAUUCUAAGGAUGCUAAAACUUUUUAUGAAAACAUUAAUUUAUUUAACUCCUAUAUUGUAAAUAAUGAAGUAAACAAUAUAAUAGAACAAGAGGAUUAUAACAAUUCCUAUAUUAAUGAAAUGAGCAAUCAAAAUGAUAUCAAUUAUUUUAAUGAAACAAUUCGUCACAACAAAAAAAAUACCAAUGAAGAAAUUAAUGAUAUUAAUAAAAAAAUUAAUUCAGUUUUUAUAAAUAAUAUAAGUUGCGGAAGUGAUUCAAAAAAAGAUGAUAACGAAUCCAAUGAAAAACCACAUGGAAAUAUAGCAAUAAAUAAUGACAAAAAGACAGAAAAUAUCAAAGAAAAUUUUUUUGAAGAAUAUGCAUUUGAUGGUUUUCCAAAUGAAGAGGAUAUAAAUGGUAAAUUAAAAUUAGAUAAUAGUGAUUAUAAUAAUUAUAUAGUCAGUAGUAAUAAUAAUUAUGAUGAAACAAAAGGAAGAAAUUUGCCUACUCAUAUACUUUUAAAACAAGAAUAUUUAAUAUACGAGACAGAUAAACUUGCAUUAAUAUUAUUUAAUAUAAUUCAGAGAGAAUUUUUAUUAAAUGAAAAUAUGAAAAUUGUUAUUUUUAUGCCAACAGUAAAAAUGCUACAAUUUUUUUAUGUCAUUUUUAAACAUUACAUAUUCAAGGGUUAUAUAUUUUUAUUAUAUUUAAAAUUAAAUAAAUGGAAAAAAAAUGAAAAUAUAAUUGAUAAUUCAUAUUAUUAUGAUAAGGAAAAUGUGAACUUUUGUGUAUCUUCAAAUCCUUUUAUUUCUACAAACAAUUAUUUCAAUAAUGUAUCGUUUAAUUUAGAAAGAGAUACAGAGGAAUUCAAAAAUACAAGCAUGAACCAAUACAAUCAAGAAAAUUUAGUUAAUAAAUUAAAUGACAAAAAAAUUACGAAUUCUAGUAAUUCAAGUAAAGAAAAUAAUAUUACUUCAAAUAUUUUAAACGAAGAAAAACAGAACACCUUAAAAAAGGAAAUGGAUGAUGAAAAUAGAGAAUAUAUAAAUGAAUUUGAAAAAUUAAAAGAUAUUGUAAUUUUAUGUUUACAUAGUAAAUUGAGUUUAGAUAAAAAAAUAUACACUUUGAAUUGCUUUAAUAAUUCACAAAAAAAAAAACAAAUUUUAUUUUCUACUUCUUUACUUUAUCAAGGAAUUCAAUUAGAUAAAGUAGAUUUAGUAAUACAGGUAGGCAUAAGUAUUAAUGUUGAUGAAUAUAUUUUAAGAACGCAGAUUGCUACAACCAAAAAUACACAAGGGAGAAGUUUAUUAUUAUUAAAUGAAUUAGAAGGUCAUUUUUUAUAUACUUUAUAUAAAAAUAAUAUUUUAAUAAGCAAUGUAAGCAAGAAAUAUUUAAAUUAUAUAUAUAAAGAUAAUCCUUUUUUAAAUAUAUUAUUAAAAUACAAAAAACCUAAUAAUAAUAAUAUUAUUCUGAAUAAUCAGAAAGAGCCUGAAAAUGCAAUUGAUAUAAUAGAAAAAAAGGAAAAUAAUUAUGAUCAUAUAAAAAAAAAAAAUCAAGAAAAUUUUGAUAACUUUUAUAAAUUUCAUAUAAAACAUAUCGAAUGGCAUAAACACAAUCAUUUAUUAUCUUCAUGUGAAUUGAUGUAUAGAUCAUUGCUUGGAUUUUAUUCUGAAAAAAGCAAAUAUUUAAAAUAUGAAAAAUGGCAAAUACCGAGUUUAAUUAAAAAUAUUUUACAUUCUUUUGGUUAUUUUGAUAAUUUUUAUAUAACUAAAUGUAUGGCUACAAGAUUACAAAUUUUAAAUGCACCUGAUGUAUAUAUUAAUGUUAAUGCAAAAUCAAAAAGUGUUUUAAUGUCUGCUUUACCAUCUUAUAAAAGUUAUAAAUCAAAAAUGAAUGAAUUAAAAUAUAAAAAUUUUUCAAAAAUUUCAUCAUUUAAUUUAUCAAAUGAAGAAAAAGAUAUAUGUAAAUUUUAUAAUUCUCAUUAUUCUCAUAUUAAUAAUAAUCAAAUAACUGAAAACGAAACUAAAAAUGAUUCAGGAAAAAACGAAGACAUGAAGAAAGAAAAAUAUGAAAAAAGUUUUAUGGAAAAAUAUCCUUUAUAUUUUCCUAUUCACAAAUAUUUAUCGUAA